GUACUUUUAAUUGAUUAUUAUUACUGGCAUAAUGUACCGUUUGAAAAAAAAAUUUAGCUACAGUCUCGCGCUAGCGUCCUUUUUCGCAAAUAAACUUAUCCGCAAAAUUGCAUCAUAGUGUCUUUAGUACCGGUUAAUUAUGCGACGCUAUUACGUAGCAGACCGCACAGGUGUCCAUCGUCUUCCUACGUAGCUGCCAAUUCCACGAUGUAACGGGUGUCGUAGAGCGAUCAGUCGCGUUGGAAUAGAUCAGAAUUUUAAAUUAGCCCGCGCAGAUUUUGGCAGUUUUUGAAGAAAAAAUUCUGCAAUGAUUCAUCUCGUGCGAAAACAAUGUAAGCUUGUAGACGACAUAGAGGGUCAAAAGGAAUUCUUCCCGGGAAAGGAUGACGUAGAUUUGUCUAAUUAAUCUUGAGAAACGAUUGAAAAAUGAACAAUGAAUUAGCCAGUCAAGUUAUAAAUAUACAAUAAAACGUGGCAUGUGGAAGAAAGGAACUUUUCAAGACUAUGACCCGUCGAAUCUUCUCCCGAGGAAGGAAGACAGACAGAAAGGGAAAUAAACCUGCAGUUUCGCCGCGUUUUCCGAUUGCCAGGUAGAGGCCCUGCCAGGAGGAUGGGGGCCCACGAUGGGGGAGUGCCACUGCUCUAACAUCACUAUCAUGCAGCUGUUCCACGAGCUGAAGCAGCAGUUCCCCGCGCUCCCUGAUCACGUCGUCUCCCAGUGCAUCGCCCAGAACAGUCACGAUCGGGAGAUAUGCGCGAGGAGCCUGCGGGCCACCCAGGAGUCCCGUCCGUCUCCGGGCGCGUUUCCACCGCCGGCGCCUUGCAUCGGGGUGCAGCAACAGCAGCAGCAGCCGUCAUCUCCGCCGCAACAACGAGACCAGCAACGUUGCUGCGCGAUGAACCAGGUGCAACAUCAGGAACAACCGCGCGGCAUCGCCGUCGGCGUCAGACGUCCCCAUCGACCGGCUUCCUUGGACAUCGGUAUGACACGCCGUUGCAUCCCUUCUGUAGGUUGCAUCCGCGCCGUCGCGACCUCGACGAGCCCUCUCGUCGUUACUCCCUCGUCCGCUCCAGCCGUCUGCACGUCGCGGGGCUUCUUCGACGAGGGUUGCACCGUCAAUAGCAACGGCAGCAACGCGCCCUCCGGCUUCGAGCUCAACGUCAACGUCGCCUGCAGCCCCGCGGGCAAUCGCGAUUUUCGAACGGUGCCGACAAUCGGUGCUUGUAAACGAAGCGACCUCGUCGUCGUGCCACGGCCUCAUUACGCCGAACCUCUGUUAGCCGCUGGGACGUCCGGAACGCAGAUCGAUCAUACUCGAAGCUACACCUCGGUCAGCUUGACCCUCAGGCCGCCUUCCUCCGAGCCGCAACCCCCGAUCGAUAUCAGGUCGGAGGGAUCCAGCCUCACUUACUCGACCUCGUCCCUGGAUCCGCGUGGCUUUCAGAGUCGCCUGCAGAUCAGCAUCGGUCCCGGAAACGUCGGUAGCGUGGCGGCAGCGAGGAUAAGACCACCGAUGGCCAACAGCCUGUUGUCAUCGACUCAGACGAGUCCUCAGCGGCCGCCUGGACUUCCGCCAGGACCGCCGAGUCAGCUGCCAAGACCGACGACAACGACGAUGAGCGCGCCGACUACACCCUCCGUACCACCAACAACGAAUAUCGUCCCAAUUUGCAGUCUCCCGACUACGCCUUCCGUACCCGCGACGAUUGGCAUCACGUCUCCCUCCGGCGCCAGCGUCGGGGAACACACGCAGUCCGCUCCCGAUCAGAACCGAUCGCCAUUGAGUCAAAUGACGGAACACCAAAAGAAAUUGAUCGCGGAACAACUGGCUAGGAAGGAAAGACUCGCUAGGGAAUUGAGAGCUGAGAAAGGACGACUCGAAGCGAUGAAGAAAGAAGUGCAGGCUCUCACCAAACCAGUGGAUCCUUUGGUGCCCCCUCAAGAGUUGAAGAGACGACUGAGGAGCGAAAUAUAUAUGCUGCAGGUCGAGUGUGACAGGUUGGCCGAUCAAGUGGACCAAUGGUCAGACAGACUAGUACCACUGGGCGAAACCAACGAGGAGUUUUAUCAGGGCAUUUAUACCGGCCAACCGUUGCCGACGAGACCGCUGAAUCCACAACCGCCACCCUUGCCGAGUCAACCCCCGGUAUGGCGAUCGGAACAGCCGACGACAAUCGCAAGCGAUGAACGGGACGGGCCGUCGUGGGUCUGCACUAUGUGUACUUUCGACAAUCAUCCGCUAAUGAAUAAGUGCGAGGAGUGCGACAUGCCGAGACUGUUGAACCCCAGCGGCAGUGCAGGGGAAACGCAAGAUAUUCAUAUACGAGUAACACAUCAUCAUAAUUUUUCGCCAAGACGUAAGUAUAACUCUGCUUUCGUUGAAAUAAAAUUAAUACUUUUUGCAGACACAACAUUUACACUACAUGUAAAAAUAAUUAUUUCUACAUAUUACUUCUCCAGGUACAGUGCACAGUUGGGUGGUAUGACAUGAACUGAAUUAGAAAUUUUUAAAGAACUGUAUAUAUAUAAUUAUAUUUAAAUUAAAUAAA